AUGCUCAGAGGUCCGUCCUCCGCCUCGCCGCUCCCUCCUGGCCUACCUUGCUGAGUGAGCUGCUGCCGCCUGGCCCUCCCGCUCCGCCGCGCCCUCCUCGUGCCCCGUCGGCGACGCUCGCUCCAGCCGCUCGGUCGGAUCGGCGGCGGCGGCGGCAAUUGGGGCUCCUGUCACGGGCCGGGCGGAGCCGUGGCAAGGGCGGAAUGCGCCUGCGCGGCGGGGCUGGCGGGCCGGCCUGACUCGGGCCCUCCCGUGGGGGGGGGGCGAGGGCAGGAGAGCGGCCUGGCCACGCCCCUCCGCGCCUGCGCGACCCUCUCUCCUCCCCCGCCCCCGCGGGCCUCUUUGCGCGCGAAAGGCGCGCGCGCGAGAGAGAAGCGCCCUCAGGACGGGGUGUCUCGGUGUCCCUGAGGGAACUUUCUCCGCCGCCCCGCUAUGUGAGGCGUUUCUCCGCCUCGGUCGCGCUCGAGGGGCCCUGGGGGACCAUCCGUGGUGGCCCAGCCUGACACCCGCCCUCAGAGCCGCCGCUGCUGCCCGUCCGAGUGGGCAGCGCUGAGCGAGGCCUGAGCGGGUCCGAGGCGGCUCCCUGCGCAGUGAGAGGGAUCCGGGCGAAGGCCUCCUCACCCUCCGUGCGCCCCGGCCUGCCUCGCCCUGCUUUGGGCCGGCCAGCUCUUUCCAGAGGAGCCUCCUCUGGGGCACGGCAAGCCUUUAAUGCUGGCGGGGACUUUUAAAUACAAGUUCUAACAUUUGUCAACUCCUGGAGGAGGAAGAAGAGAGCUUGGGAUCUGCUCUGCUCACAUGAAGAAAGCAGGAGAGAAUUGCAUUUCGCCGCAGCCCUUCCCAGGUGCCCACUGCAAGGAGAGCAAACUCCCACCUAUAAAAUAGAUGAGGGCUCUGCCAUGCAGAAGCCCCAAGGAGGCUUUCGGUGGGAUUUAGCCAUAUGCUGCGGGUUGCACAGCACAUACACUAUACUUAGGGGCAAAGUGGAAGGGUGAACUCCCUUGCAAAAAUUGCCUUUUGCAGUUCCCCGCCACCAGCAGUCUUUGCCUUUGCCUUGUGGUUCAUUUGAGCCCAGCCCUGCUUGCAAAUCUGACCAGUUUACAACGUGUCAGGCUCUGGCAGUUGGCAAGUCCACAGUUUGUUUGUAAAAGGUUGUGGGUUAAGGCUCGGACUUCUCCAAUGAAAGGUCUCGGGUGACAGAAGUGUAAGAUACACCUGUCUGGAGAGUUGCUGCCAGUUAAUGUGCCCAGUGCUGGGGCAGAUGCAGCUUUAGCCUGUAAGGGAGCACCUUGUAACACCUGUUUGCUCACUUUGCCAGAAGCUCUGCAGAUUUCUAACAAUGAUGGGGGAUAGCGAGGGCAAGGACAGUACUGCACUGGAAGGACUAACAAUCCAUCUUAGGAUAAGACAGCUUCCAACAAAAGGGUAGCUGACAGGCUUCUGAUAGGGUUGAGUCUUGCCUGUUUUCAGAUGUUCCCAAGUGAGCUGUUGGCAGCUAAUAGAGCAGCAGAGUGUUAUUUUAGUAAUAAAAUAUUUCAAGUUUCUUAUUUUGAAGCAUCUGGAGACAGGACAUGUAAAAGUUCUAAGUGCAUUUAUGCUCACAAUGGCAGGCUCUUCAAACUACACAGCUCUUAUUCCCCAAGAAUCUCGAGUGUCGUAUUCAGAAUAGUAGAAGACUGUCUGUGGAUCCAUGUCAGAGCUAUCCGCAGCACUUCAGCUAAGAGGUAAAUUCUGUGUUGCUGACCUGGUAAGGAUUUCUCCCCCCCCCCCCCCCAAGUCACCAACAGUUGCACAUUUCUGUUAUUUUUAGAAGGACCUAAUGGACUCUUAAAAAGUAGAGACAUCACCUUGCCAACAAAGGUCCGUAUAGUAAAAGCUAUGGUUUUCCCAGUAGUGAUGUAUGGAAGUGAGAGCUGGACCAUAAAGAAGGCUGAUCGCCGAAGAAUGGAUGCUUUUGAAUUCUGGGGCUGGAGGAAACUUGAGAGUCCCAUGGACUGCAAGAAGAUCAAACCGAUCCAUUCUGAAGGAAAUCAGCCCUGAGUGCUCACUGGAAGGACAGAUUGUGAAGCUGAGGCUCCAAUACUUUGGCUACCUCAUGAGAAGAGAAGACUCCCUGGAAAAGACCCUGAUGCUGGAAAAGAUGGAGGGCACAAGGAGAAGGGGAUGACAGAGGACGAGAUGGUUGGACAUUGUUCUCGAAGCUACCAGCAUGAGUUUGACCAAACUGCGGGAGGCAGUGGAAGACAGGAGUGCCUGGCGUGCUCUGGUCCAUGGGGUCACAAAGAGGCAGACACGACUAAACGACUAAACAACAACAAUGGACUCAAAAAAGCUGUGCUGCUUCAAAGCUUUGCAGAGAAUUCCAGCCCCCCCAACCCACAAAACAGAUCUGUCACCUAGGUCCCACAUGAAGCAAGAAGUAAGAGUGCAUGUAGACCCCAUUACUCUGAACCCCACCACAUCAAGUCACAUCACACACAAGAUCACAUGUAUAACACAAACAGCAGUGCAGCGCAGCAUAUUAGUGCAGUAUAUCAGCUAAAGGAGAGAUAGGCAUUCUAGGGAACGUGCCUAUUUUAUAGAUGGGGAGCACUGAGGCUGAGGAAGUAAGCAUGUAGAAAACAUUUACCCCAGUUAAUUUCAUAUUUAACCAAUCCAUAAAGGCAGCCAGGGCGGGGGGUGAGGAGGAAGGCAGAAUAGAAGAUGGCCUUCCAUUCAUAAGAGAGAGGGGGGGCAGGGAGAGGGAACCAGGAGCUCAAAAGAAUGCACAGGCUCCAGCAUGUGGGGGUGGGGAGUCUGAUCUACAUUGCACUCUCCAAGCUACUCCCAGAUUAAGUCUUCCAAUGUUGCCACAAGUGUCCUGCCAGCAGCAGCCUCCAGCCUUUUCAUGAGUGGAACUGCUGCCAUUGGACUACAGUGGUACCUCGGGUUAAGUACUUAAUUCGUUCCAGAGGUCCGUUCUUAACCUGAAACUGUUCUUAACCUGAAGCACCACUUUAGCUAAUGGGGCCUCCUGCUGCUGCUGUGCCACUGGAGCACGAUUUCUGUUCUCAUCCUGAAACAAAGUACUUAACCCGAGGUACUAUUUCUGGGUUAGCGGAGUCUGUAACCUGAAGCGUAUGUAACCCAAGGUACCACUGUACAGUACUGGCAAGCCAACCCUGCUGCUGUCACCACAAGCUCCAUCAGCAGGCUGUGGCAGCCCAGAAUGUUACCUGCCCUCUGAGUCCUCUUCCCCACAACCAUUGUCAUUUCACAUUGGCGCAUUGGCUGGUACCACAUGGGCACAGGAGCUGUCUGAGAGGGCAGAGAUAAACAACCACAGCAGAGCCAAAGGGGGGGGGGAAGAGAAAUUCUGCCGUUAUGACAGGGCCUAGCACUAGUUACUAGGAACAUCCUGGAGAGUGGGGAAAGAGUCCCAGGGUAACUUGAGAGCCAAAUCUUGUCGCCAGAGAGCACAGGGCAAGGAAGACUCCCCUGUGGCUCCCACAACGGGUAUAGCCACUAGUGCCCCACAGCCCAGCCCAUGGUCCACCACAAUAGACACUGGAGAAGACCAACUGCAGGCAGAGCAAUAAUCAUUCAUCUGGACUGUAAAAAGCUAAGAGCCAACAUCCUUUGGCAAUGCAGGCUGUUAGCUUUUGGAAGUCCCAAUAAAGCCAGAAACGUCCACUCCAACCUUUGUGACCUCUUGAAUUUGGAAUCCUGCCUAUGUCACCGGCACAAAGAGUUAGAAACCUGCAGGCAACCUUAAUUUAAAGCAACAGAGCAGAUAUUGGGAGAGAUGUGUAAAGCCCAAACCAACAAAUGCCUCCUCUUCACACGUAUGGUAUUCCAGAUCCAAUCAUUCACCAACAUAGAGACGGCCUGAAGCCCAGCUAAUUUUACACAGCUCUUGGAGCCUUUUCCUUUAUGCCCCCGCCCCUGAUACUUGACCACCUUGACAGAUUUCACUGUGUUUCCUUUUAACUUGCUAUAGCAUCAGUCCAGUGGUCUGAAAUAUGGACACCGUUGUCUCCUCCUUCCUCUGGCCUUGCAAGGGCCAGUUUUCUCAAAGCUUGAAGUUGUCACUGGGUAUUGUCCUCACUCUCUUCACAAACCAUGCUGGAAUGUCCCUUUCCAUAAAUGCAGCAGUUCCCUUGCACUGAUAGAAUCCUUCCUGAAUUGUGCCUCCCUCUUCGUGUUUGUCUGUGCCAAGUUACCAAAACAAGAAAAGGAAAGCAGGUUUAGGCAGUGCAAGAAGAGCCAUGCUUACAGGCUUAGCCCCUCGAUCCUGACCAACCUGGCAAAUCAUUUCUCCGGUGGGGAUAAACUUGGUCCGCAGCUCCAUCCUCCCAGGGUUCAGUCUCUGGUUUUCACCAUCCCUCUGCAGCCGGCGGACAUCAAAGAGUCCUGGCAUUCUCUGAAGGAGCAGCAGCACAAUAAACAGCCUCCUUGGCCCAGCAGCGGAAGAACUGGAGGCCCGUGUUUGUACAAGCUCUAGGUGUGAGCUCAAGCAACAAUGCAGUUCAAGCACUUGUUUCCACGUCCUUUCAGCUGUUCCAGGAGCCUUUAAUUUAUGUCUUUGCUUAUUGCUUUUAACUCCAAUGUUUCUUCUCUCAGACCCAGGGGACUCUGGAGACCUGGAUGGACGUCUGCAAUUUUUGGCACCACCUUUGUGACCUUGGCUGUUCUGCCCUGA